AUGGAAUCAAACAAGAAAUUCAAUCGGUACUACGCAGUUCGACAGGUAUCAUGAAUAAUAUAAAAUUUUGGAUGUAAAACUCUUUUCUAUUGUAUUGUAUUAACGUAUCUCUUUCCUAUGCCAAUUUAAAUUCUUUUAGCACAUUCGAACCUUCCCAGAAUGGACCACCACCCAAGGUAUACCACAAUUUGGGUCGGCGAAGCGACGAAUUUGCUGUAGUUUUUGGUUUACAUGUACAUUGAUUGCUACGGGUCUACUGAUAUGGCAAGUGGUCUUGACUAUACAAAGUUAUUAUCAGUAUGGCGUUACCGUCAAUAUACAAGUAAGUUAUUUCUGAAUUUAAUUUUAAUUUUUAAGUUAUAACUAAAGUUAUGUUAUACUUGCCCGUCAGAUAGGCUAUCACAAUAUCAUAUCCCAUAACUUUGCUAAAACUGGUUAUAUUAGUAUGAAAUUUUUUUCAGCUACUAUUCGAAGACCGUGUGUUUCCGGCAGUAACAGUUUGCGAUAGUAAUCCAUAUAAAAGUUCCAUGAUGGAUCAGUUUCCUAAGGUAAGACAGAUAUCAGAGGUGUCUAAAACAAUAUCACUCAUAUAUUUUUCCAUCUUCUAACUAAUUGUCCGUUAUUUCAGGUAAAACAAGUACUAGACACGUACGAGUAUUCAGCUCAAAAACUAGUUUGUAAUAGUACGUCAAACUGUAGCGUUGAGACAAAUAGUACUCUAGACGAGUACGCAGAAGAAUAUCGCUUUUCAGUAAGUUUAACGCUUUACCUUAGUAAAAUAUGACCACAAUAACUACAAAAAUGGUUAUUAAAUUGUAAAUUAGUAUCUUUUCAACCAUUUUUUUACUAUCUUUUGACACUUUUAUUGUAAAGAAAGUUUUUGCAGCUCUUUAAAAGCAUUUGUCCAUAAUUUUGAAAUCAUUUUUUGUAUAUAAACAUCAAGUUCUGAUUGCCGUAUUUUACAAAAUCUUUUAGACAAUAACAAACACUGGCCAGCUGAGACAGCUAGCCAGGACAUUGGUCUAUUUGGCGUCAGGUGAAUAUAACAUGUCAGCGGCCAUGGUAAGCCGCGAGGACUUGAUAUUGAGUUGUAGCUUCAAUACUGUCGGGUGUAGCGAUGAGUAAGUUCUUAAAAUACGUUUUUUUUUGCAAAAUCAAAGCUAGUCAAAGCCGGGCUGGUGCAUUAGGCUUCGGUAAACGACAAAAUUUUUUUUUUCAACAGGGGUACCAAGUUUAAAUUUUAUUUUGUUUUAGGCAGGGGAGUGAUUGACCCCUUCUCUCGCCCUUACACUGUGUACCUAUACAAGACCAUUAGACGUAUUUUACAAUAUAACUCAAUCCAAUAUCCUUAACCCCGUUUUAUAUUAUCCAUCUUUUCAGUGACUGGACCACCCUAAUAGAUCCCAACGUAGGCAACUGCUAUCAAUUCAACAUGAACUCAGCCUACCAAGCCCAACGAUCCGGUCCAGCCUAUGGCCUUAGGCUACAAUUAAAAACCAAUGUGUCAGAAUACAUCAGUGUGAACAAUGGUGCAUCAGCCAUAAUGAUGGUACACGACCAAUCAGACUAUGUAAUUCCGGGCUCACUUGGCUACAAUAUAGCUACUGGUACUCGGACUUCGGUAUCAGUCACUUAUACUCAAAUCCAGAGGUUGGGACCACCUUAUGGAGAUUGUUCUGAUGCCAUACCUGAUGGAUAUUUGUACGAUGGAGACUAUAAUACAGAAUUGUGUCAGAGAUCAGACUUUCAAGCUUUGAUGAUCGAGAGUUGUGAUUGUUAUGAUCCUAGGUACCCUACUCCUAAUGAUACUACGGUUGGGAGGUGUAGCAUCGAUGAUAAUUGUAAGUUAAUGAAUAUGAAUAUGGAUAGAAGCCUAUGCCUGACCCUAGUCGUAGUCUGUUCAUACUCAACAAAAUCUUAAAAUUACAGUAAGCUGCUGGCUAGACUACAACAACCAAACAGCCGGAGAAGACUGUUAUCAAUCCUGUAACGAAGGCGACUACACCGUCUCCAUCUCUAGUGCUACCUGGCCAGCCCCACUGGACCAAUACGUAGCCGGCUGUUAUGAAGAUGCUUACCCUGAGGGUUGUUAUUCAACUUUCAGUCAAAAUGCCCUUUGGCUUGAAGUAUUCUACGAGAAAUUGAACUAUGAAACUAUGACUGAAUCUGCGUCAACUACGGUAUCUACAAUGUUAUCGAACAUCGGUGGUCAAAUUGGACUGUUUUUGGGAAUGAGUGUCAUUUCUUUUAUUGAAUUUGUUUUGUUGGGAUUGCAGGUAGGUUACUAUUAGUGUUACUGUUAAAAAAUUGAUGAGAUUUCAAUAUUUCUGUGUUGUAAUACUUUAUACAAAUCCACAAUUUUACGCUAUAAAAAGUAUUUUUAGGUUCUAUUGAGCUGUUUGGUACCAAAGUACGCGUAUCUUGUCGAUAUUGAUUGA